AUGAAACAUUCAUUGGUUCAAUUAGAUCAUUUACCUGAUGAAAUUCUUUUGAUUAUUUUGAAAAAAUUGGACAAUGAUCAAGUACUCUAUUCUUUAAUGGGUGUUAAUAAACGGCUCAAUACGUUUGUAUAUGAUUCAAUUUUUACAAGUCAUUUAACAUUGAUGAGAUGUUCCUCCAAUGAUUCUAUCUCUCCAUUAUCUGAUACAAUACUUGAUCGAUUUUAUUUACAAAUUUUGCCUACAAUUCAUCAUAAAAUUCAAUGGCUCAAUGUUGAAUCAUCAUCUAUGGAACGUAUUCUUCUUUCUGCAAAUUAUCCUAAUUUAUAUGGACUCGGUUUAUAUAAUCUUGAAAUAGAAACAGCGAAAGAUCUGUUUACUAAUGGAAAUGUUGUCAUUGAUUUAUUUAAAAAUAAAAUUUUAUCACUUAUUAUCCGUAUGAAGAAAAAUAAGAAUCAAACUUUUACAAAAUAUAAGAAUAUACUUAUAUUUACACAUGUCUUUACUGUGUUCACCAAUCUACAGUAUUUAAGCUUUGGUUCAUCUUCAAUUUGUCCUCAACGCAUAUCAUUUGAUAUGUCAUCUCGAAUUUUUAUGUCUUCAACUCUCUUAGAACUACAUGUCAAUGUAUUGCACUUCAGCGAUUGUCUUUAUUUACUUGAUGGACGUUUUAAUCAACUUCGGAUACUUCAUGUUAACAUUGGUUGGAUUCAUCAUUCUUCAAGUCCAACAAUCGAUAAUACGGAAAAUUUACCUAAUUUAAAGUGCUUUUCAUUAUACUGUGAUGUAGAUACAAGUUUUUAUGAUGAAUUAAUUGUUCCACUUUUACAUCGAAUGUUAAAUUUAGAAAACCUUCAUUUAUAUCUUAUAGUUUGUCAGAGGACAUUUAUUGAUGGCAAUAAUUUGAAAAGAAAUAUUCUUAAUCAUAUGCCACAAUUAAAUAAAUUUACGUUUAAUAUUCACUCAUCUAUUCGUCUUCAUAAUCAAAUUAAUUUACUGUCGAAUGAAGAUAUUCAAUAUACAUUCAAUGGCUUUCAAAAUAAUCAAAUUAUUUCUUGUGUUGAUUAUUUUUCCAAGGUUCAACGAGGUCAAUGUCAUAUUUAUUCAUAUCCAUAUGAAUGGAAAGAGUAUCAUAAAAUAACAAAUAAUUUUCCAGGUGGAAUAUUUAAAUAUAUUCGUGAAAUAUCAUUAUUUGAUGAACGACCUUUUGAACAUGAAUUCUUUUUUCAAAUUUCUCAAUCAUUUCCAUUUAUGAAAAAAUUAGAUGUAAUUAAUAAAAAACCACAAAAGGAUAAACAAUCUCGAAAUUUAGAUCACAAUCAACAUUUAUCAAUCAUUGAGUAUCCACAUCUAUCUCAACUGGGAGACGGAAAGGUGAGCACAGGAAAGAAGAGCACGGAAAGAAGAGCACGGAAAGAAGAGCACAGGAAAGAUGAACGAAAGGAAAGAUGA